AUGGAGGGCGGCGGGGGGCCUGGGCUCGUGCAGUCGCUGCUCCUCGCGGCAGGGGUCCACGGCGCGGCCACCGAGGCGGCGGACCUCGUCGUGCUGGACGCCGCCCUUCGCGAGGGCGCCGCGGUGUAUUUUCGCGCGCAAACGGGCCUCCCGGCCGUCCACGCCGCGCUCGACGCCCUCACGCGCGAGAUGCCGAAAUUAGAUAUCGCCCUGAUCGGGUCGCUCCCGCACUUCGCCGAUUACGCCCUGCCGGCGGCGGACGGCAUCGCGACGGAUGCGGCGAGCCUCACGCGGCGUCUCUUUGGUUGGGAGGGCCUGGGCUGCGUGUAUGUCUUGGACGCCUCUUUUGUCGAGUCGGGCGAGGGAUUUUUGAGGCUCGGCUUGUCUUCCAGCGAGGGCGAGGGCGGGGCGGACUCUCUGAUUGUAAUCCCCUACGUCGCCUUGGCGCAGUUGGGGACGUCGAUCGCGAACGGCGACGUCGUGGUCUCCUUCGACAUGGCCCUGCAGGAGGCGAUCCACGCGGAGCCCUUUCUCGCCUCCCAGCGAUUGCGCGCCUUGCGGGCGCUCCUCCAGGGCCCCUCAGGGGCCGCCCCCACGGCACGUUCAGGGCGAUUUCCCCGCCAGGUGCGCGUCCUGCACUUCACCGAAUGUCUGCAGGCUCACGGGAUUCUGCCGAAGGACGAGCUCGCGGGGCUCGGGCUCGACCCCUCCGACUCGGACAAUGAUCAUCUUAUUUUGGUGUUGGCCAUGUUGGGGGCGUUGGCCCCGCCAAACGUGCGGGUUGUUCUCUGCACCGAUGACCGGGCAAUGGUGGAGACCCUCCAACGCGUCUCCGCAAGGCUCUUCGCGCGCAAAGUCGAGGUGCUCUCCACCGAGGUACCCAAGACGGUGGUGGAUCCGAACCAGGGCAUUGUUAACGACACGCCGUCCUUCAACUUCGAUCUCGAGGAUUUUAUCCCGAAAUGGGGUCCAACCACGGUGCGGGAUGCGGCCCAAUCGCCUGCGAGGAGCCCUCCAGAUGAUUCGGUUUCCUUACCAAAUGAAGGGCUUGAGGGGGUGAGAAGUUAUAAGGGAAAUCCCUCCCCUGCGCAGUCCGGACGAGCGGAGGAGCUUAGCGACCUUCACCUGUGGGAUUCCCCCUGGCUUUCGAUGCUUCACGAGCCCUCGGAGGACCCGAUAAAGCUGUCCUCCCCCACGACGGCGCCUGACGACCAGACGAAGGAGGGGAGUUCUGCGCCCGCUAAAGCGGCAUCGCCAACCAACGAAAGCCCCAUAUCUCUUGAUGAAACCAAAGGCGAAGGGGUGGAGCAUCCCCACAACGCGCUCAUGGAUCUUUACGAAUCGCCGAACGACGUGAUCCCGAUCGGGGUAAAGAUUCAAGAGGCGGAUGCGCUGGGAAAUAUUUUUGAGCAGUUUGACGUGAUGGAGCCGGAUGCGCGGGUGUUAAUGGAGGAGGAGAUAAAAGCGCGGAAAAGUCGUUUAACGGCAACGGGCGGAGGCGCCAAUUCAAACGGAAAGCCUCGGCGACGGCGAUCGACGCUGCAGAAAGAAGCACUGAGCUGUCGAGGGGCGUCCAACAAAGAGCGAUAUCAUCUUGCACGGCAACUAUCUAACCAGUCGGGCGGACGGGUGCCCUUUAAUUUUAGAUAUCAAAUUUUCGAGGCUAACAUCCUCGAUCCGCGGAACGCGCCGCUGCGUAAGAGCUACGAGGAAGCUAUUCAAAAGAAACGAGAGGCGUUCAAAAGGAACCGGCUGUAA